AUGGAGCGUGGCGGCCCCUUCAAGGUUUUUGUGGGCGGCCUCCCGCAGGACUGCACAAAUGACAUUCUCGUGGAUUACUUCGGCAAAUAUGGGAACAUCACGGACGUGGUGGUGAUGACUGACCGGGCAACGGGCCGAUCCCGGGGUUUCGGAUUUGUGUCUUUCGACACACUGGAGGCCGUUGACGCCAUUAUGUCCAUGCAUACCGAGCACAAAAUCCAAGAUAAGUGGGUCGACUGCAAAAGAGCAACAGCCGAAGGAACCAAAGGAGUACCACAAAAAGGAGGUGGCAAAGGCAGUGGUCCUCCAGCUCCAGCCAACUCAAGACCGGGAGAUUGGAUCUGCCAAGAGUGUGGAGCCAGUGUGUUUGGUUCCAAGGACUCCUGCUUCAAGUGCGGCGCGCCUAGGCCAUCCCAGAGUGGUGGUGGCGGUGGCGGCGGUGGCGGCUACAGAGGCCCAUCCUACAAUGCCGCGCCGCCACCAGCAUACAAUGCCGCACCGCCACCAGACUAUGGCGCUUGCAGCGGGAGUUGCGGAGCCGAUGCUUUGCUUGGUGGAUUUGGCAUGACUGCCUAUGGUGCCUAUGGUGGUGGCGCCUGUGGCGGCGUUCCUGGGGUUAGCGCCUACGGUUGCGGAGCCGGUGGUGCCAGCACCGGCGGAGCCUACGGAGCUUGCGCAGGUGGAGCUUGUGGUUAUGGAGCCUGUGGUUGCGGAGCUUGUGGUUGUAGUGGUGGUGCUUGCGGCGGCUGCGAUGGCUGCAACGGCUAUCUCGGGUGCCCUGCAUCUUAUGCACCAACUAGAGGCCAGCCUGAUGGCAGAGGAGGUGGCGACCAGGGCUACGCUCCGUACUGA